AUGCAGAGGGGUAAAAUUUCAUUUGGUAAAAUUAAUUUGAAUCUCAGCAAGCCAACAGUAGCUGCUGCCGGAAAUGAAGAGGAAAAGGAACAGGCCGGCCCAAGUGAUGGCGGUGCAGUUGGAGGUUUCAAAAAAAUCGAUAAACAUCAGAUGCAAAAACAAAUUGAGGAUGUCACUGAAGAUAUGGAGGCCCAGAGGCUAAAAGAAGUUAUGGGUCUUACCGGUUUUGGUAGGAAAACGGCCAAGGUCUUUGAUAUCAAUGAACAAAUUGCCAAAGCCAAAGAAGUUGCCCCGGCACCACCACCCUCCAAGGAUGAAGAAGACGACGAUGAUGAUGACGAUGAAAUUAUAGGCCCUCUGCCUUCAAUGGCCACGGGAGAAGAUGGUAGUGUCAAAUCUAAAGAUUCAUCUAAAAAGCCAACAAAAGACAGUGAUGAUGAUGAGGACGACGAUGAUGAUAAUGACGAAGAUGAAGAUUUGGAAAAGAAAAUUCCCGAUAGCCACGAAGUUAAAAUGCAACAUGGCUCCAAAGCCAUAUUGGCGUUAGCUGGAGACCCAGCUGGUGCUCGUUUGGUUUCCGGUUCCAUAGACUAUGAAGUUUCAUUUUGGGAUUUUGCCGGUAUGGAUUCAUCUAUGCGUAGUUUUCGUACCAUACAGCCCUGUGAGAAUUAUCCCAUUCGCGAUUUGCACUAUUCCAUAACGGGUGAUAUGAUAUUGGUAAUUUCCGGGAAUUCGCAAGCAAAGAUUUUAGAUCGAGAUGGUUUUGAGAAAAUGGAAUGUGUUAAGGGUGAUCUGUAUAUUACCGAUAUGUCCAAGACAAAGGGCCAUACGGCACAAUUGACUUCCGGUUGUUGGCACCCAUACACAAAAGAGGAAUUCCUGACGGCUGCUAUGGAUGGAACAUUGCGCAUUUGGAAAGGUAUAAAGAAUAAGGAGCAACAUACGGUAAUUAAGAUAAGGGCACAAGGUGGUUUGAAAACUAAUGCUUCUUCGUGUGCCUAUAAUCGAGAUGCCACCUUGAUUGCGGCGGGUUGUAUUGAUGGUUCCAUACAAAUGUGGGAUACGAGGAAAAUGUUUGUCAACACCACACAUUGUUUAAGAGGUGCUCAUCAAAAGGGUUCCGAAAUAACCUCAAUUAUGUUUUCAUAUUUGGGCCAACAAUUGGCCACACGGUGUAAUGAUGAAACGAUGAAGUUGUGGGAUAUUCGAAGUUUCAAACAACCCAUGAAUGUUUGGUCGAACCUGUAUUCACGUUAUGACACCACCGAUUGCUGUUUCAGUCCGGAUGAUAAGAUUUUGGUUACGGGAGAAUCCCUGGCCAAAGGCGAAAAGGAAGCCAAUUUACAUUUCUAUAAUACUCAAACAUUUGAGGAGAUCAAGAGAAUCCCGGUUACCGAUUCACAUAUCAUAAAGACGUUAUGGCAUCCCAAACUUAAUCAAUUGUUUGUGGGUUGUGGUAAUGGGGUGAUUAAAUGUUACUAUGAUGAACAAAGAUCUCUAAGGGGUGCCAAAUUGUGUGCCGUCAAGAAAUAUCGCAAGAAGCGUCAAGUGGAAGUUGUUGGUGUGUCGCAAAUUAUCACCCCUCAUGCCCUACCCAUGUUUAGGCAAGAGAAAUCGGGUUCAUCACGUAAGAAAAUGGAGAAGGAUCGUUUGGAUCCGGUUAAAUCACGUCGUCCUGAUUUGCCCAUUACCAGUGGUCAGGGUGGUCGUGUUGCUAGUUCCGGUGGUACCCUCAGUUCAUAUGUUAUCCGCAAUUUGGGUCUAAGUAAACGUGUCGAUGAUGAUCAAGAUCCUCGUGAAGCUAUUCUCAAAUAUGCCAAAGAAGCUGAAGAAAAUCCAUAUUGGAUUGCACCGGCCUAUAAGCAGACUCAACCAAAACCGGUAUUUUCAACUAGUACAGAAGGUGGUGGUGAGGAGGAUGGUGAUGAUGAUGGCAAUGAGCCGGAUAAUAAGAAAUCGAAAAAUGAAUAA